AUGGACGAAAUCGUGCGAGAUACACUCCAAGGGCUUUCAGAAAUUGUCGGGGACAAACUUCUAUGCGAUCAAGCAGCCCUAGUCAAACGUCCAACAAAGGAGCAGCUGGUCAAGUUGUUGAAGUCUUCUCCUCCGGAGCAAGGGCGAUCAUUGGAAGAUGUUGUGCAAGAAUUCGAAGAUAUCCUCUCUUUUCGCUACAGCGUCAACCACCCAAGAUUCUUCGCCUUUGUACCCUCGGCAGCCUCUCCUUUAUCGUGGCUAGGAGAUGUUAUUUCAACCGCCUUCAACAAUUAUGCAGGGAGCUCGGAGUCGGGUUCCGGUAUCUGCGCGGUAGAAGAAUCUAUCAUUCGCUGGGUAGCUGAAAAGUUCGAACUGCCCCCAUCAGCAGGGGGACAGUUCGUGUCCGGUGCUUCCCUUGCUUGCCUGACUGCAUUGACUGUUGCACGGGAUCAGCUUGUGGAAGAUGACAUGCGCACAAGAGCAACAGCAUAUAUCGCCGAGGAGACGCACUUCUGUGUAGCUAAAGCACUCCGUAUAACGGGCCUGCUAAAGCACCAGAUAAGGACCGUGCGCUGCAAUGCGGAGUUCCAAAUGGAUCUGGGGAGUCUUCGCCAGGCUAUCAUUCAGGAUAUUGAAAACGGCUUGAAGCCGUAUGUGGUAAUUGCAACCUGCGGCUCAACCAAUACUGGGAGUAUUGAUCCCCUUGAUGCAAUCGCAGAUAUAGCAGCAGAGUACAGAAUGUGGAUGCACGUCGACGCUGCUUAUGGAGGAUCAGUUGCUUUUUGCGAAUCGCGCAAGGACCUUCUGAAAGGUAUAGGCCGCGCUGACAGCAUCGCUUGGGAUCCUCACAAGUGGCUCUUCCAAACCUAUGGCUGUAGUGUUGUCCUUUUCAAAAAAAGGUUCCGUCCAAGGGAGAGCUUCGCCACAACCGCGCACUUCUUGCGUGAUGUCGAAGACGGAUAUAUUGAGAAUCCUUUUAACUUUGGGAUCGAGUUGACACGACCAGCUCGUCAUAUGAGGCUCUGGUUUUCUUUACACAUCCUCGGGACAAACAUGAUUGACCGGAUGAUCCUGCGCGGGUUUGAACUCUCCGAUCUCGUUGAGACUGAAGUGAGCAAGCUCAGCGAAUGGGAAAUCGUCACACCUAGUAGCAUGGCUGUUAUCAACUUCCGCUUCAAUCCGCCUGGAAUGAGUGCAGAAGCUAUCGACGAUAUCAACAGUCUUGUCUCCAAGAGACUGGCGACUCAGAAUAUCGCAGUCGUGUUCACCACUCGUAUUCGCGGGGUUGUCUGCCUUCAAAUGUGUACCAUCAACCCACAGACCACAGAUAACGACAUCCGCGAUGUUAUCAACGCUUUGGAUAAAAGUGCACGACUUGUCAGCAAAGAAAUGACAGAAUGA